CACGAGAUGAGAACAUGGCCACUUUCCGUGGUUCAGAAUAUCUUUGCUAUGACCUGUCCCAAAACCCCAUCCAGAGCAGCAGCGAUGAGAUCACUCUCUCCUUCAAGACAUGGCAACGCAACGGGCUCAUUUUGCACACCGGCAAGUCAGCCGAUUAUGUCAACCUGGCUCUGAAAGAUGGUGCGGUCUCGCUGGUCAUUAACCUGGGGUCUGGGGCCUUCGAGGCCAUUGUGGAGCCUGUCAAUGGCAAAUUCAAUGACAACGCGUGGCAUGACGUUAAAGUGACACGCAACCUGCGGCAGCACUCAGGCAUUGGACACGCUAUGGUGACGAUCUCUGUGGAUGGCAUCCUUACCACCACAGGCUACACGCAGGAGGACUAUACCAUGCUGGGAUCAGAUGACUUCUUUUAUGUGGGAGGAAGCCCCAGUACUGCUGAUUUACCUGGCUCUCCAGUAAGCAACAACUUCAUGGGCUGCCUCAAAGAGGUUGUUUAUAAGAAUAACGACAUUCGUCUGGAGCUGUCUCGCUUGGCACGGAUUGGUGAUACUAAGAUGAAGAUCUACGGGGAAGUGAAAUUCGUAUGUGAGAACGUGGCUACACUGGAUCCCAUCAGUUUUGAGACACCUGAGGCCUAUAUCAGUCUGCCUAAAUGGAAUACCAAAAGGAUGGGCUCCAUUUCUUUUGAUUUCCGAACCACUGAACCCAACGGACUGAUCCUUUUCACACAUGGUAAACCCCAGGAGAGGAAGGAUGCCAGGAGCCAGAAAAAUACAAAGGUAGACUUCUUUGCAGUGGAGCUUCUAGAUGGCAACCUCUACUUGCUGCUCGACAUGGGCUCUGGGACCAUUAAAGUGAAGGCCACUCAGAAAAAAGCCAAUGAUGGAGAGUGGUAUCAUGUGGAUAUUCAACGAGAUGGAAGAUCAGGUACUAUAUCUGUGAACAGCAGACGCACCCCGUUCACUGCUAGUGGGGAAAGCGAAAUCCUGGACCUGGAAGGUGACAUGUAUCUGGGUGGCCUCCCUGAGAACCGGGCAGGACUCAUCCUCCCCACAGAGCUCUGGACAGCGAUGCUGAACUACGGCUACGUCGGCUGUAUCCGAGACUUGUUCAUCGACGGCCGAAGCAAGAACAUCCGGCAACUGGCAGAGGCCCAGAACGCAGCAGGAGUCAAAUCCUCCUGCUCCCGCCUCAGCACCAAGCAGUGCGACAGCUACCCGUGUAAAAACAACGCGCUCUGCAAGGACGGCUGGAACCGCUUCAUUUGUGACUGCACUGGCACUGGCUAUUGGGGCAGAACCUGCGAGCGAGAGGCCUCCAUCCUGAGUUACGAUGGCAGCAUGUACAUGAAGAUCAUCAUGCCCAUGGUCAUGCAUACAGAGGCCGAAGAUGUGUCCUUCCGUUUCAUGUCCCAGCGCGCCUACGGGCUGCUGAUGGCCACCACCUCAAGGGAUUCUGCUGACACUCUGCGCCUGGAGCUGGACGGCGGCCGCGUGAAACUUAUGGUCAAUUUAGACUGUAUCAGGAUAAACUGUAACGCCA